AUGGAAUUAGGAAGGGAGACAGGCAAUAUCACUCCUAUCAUAUUUACUCAACAUGCAACUCUGGAAGAUGACUUGAGGAUGUCAUCAAGUAGUGAUGAAGUCUCAUCUACAGAAACUCAUGCCGCUUUAUCCAUGGUUGAUAACUCUAUUCCGAGCACGUUUAAACAACAAAAGACUGGUGCACCAAACUAUUAUAUUUCACCAAUCCGAAGCGAUGAAAGUGAUAUUGACGACUCCGAUGAGGAUCCUAAUUUCCGAUUGGUUCACAAAAGUAAGACCCCAUCCAAGAUCGUACCUCCUAUUGCUUCGUUGACUUCGUCAAGCAUUAGCAGUAGCAGCUCGAGUUCAUCGAAAUCUAAUAGUUCGUCGGACACCGAAGAUGAUAGUGAGCAAGUAGACCCUCAAAAUGCUACGGUUGCUGGAAAUAAUUCCCAAAAGACCGAGGAGAGAGAAGAAAAGCGUAGAAAGAGAAUACGUAAACCAGCGAAGUGGAAAUCGAAAGUCGCAAAAGUGCUAAGAAAUUCUGGCAAAGCCUACCAGUCUUUGUAG